AUGGGGGAGAGAGAUGCAGACAAAACCUCAACGUCUCCUAGAAUCUUUUGCAUGAAACACCACGUUUCUAUCCUCGAUCCUACGGUAGUUCCUAAGGAUGUGUCCUGUGUUUUUCAAGGUAAGAUUAAGAUAGAGCACGACCAGUUCCACCCUGCCUGGUGUCUGCCUGUGAUUGUUGCUACCGUUAAAGACGCUAGUGAUUAUCCAGUUUCGGGGAGUGGUGGAACGGUGGCGCGAUGCUGUCGUGACACUAUGUUGGGUUUGACGACGGUGCAUAUAUAUUGGGUUUGUAGGUUGCAGCUUGAAGGUCUUGGCAUUGAACUUGGAUCCCAUACAAUAAUCCAUAAAGACAUCGGACGUAAAGGCAUUUUUGCAAAUGCUGGAAAAGUUUUCAUUGCAUUUGUAGAUGCCAUUAAAGCCCUUCACAAUUGCCAUUGUGGCUUGCCACCAAAGUCUCAAAACUUUGAAGGUAAAAUUGAAUGA